ACCCCUAGUUAGAGAAUAUUCGACGUAACUGUCGAGGCUAGAACGAAACGCCCUACCCAUGCUAUUAAUCCGCCAUGUAUAUUCCAGCUGGUACCGCCGCCACAAGGCAGCCAAUUGUUUAGCUUUAUCCUCAUCGUAGAUCUUAGCUAGUUCGUGAGCUAUCGACUCGGUAGAUAGUAGCGUCCCGUAUAGAUCAAACGCGAUAACCGUCUUCUUGGCCGCCAUUUAAGAACCGCGCUCGUUGUGGAGUUUCCCGGGGAAUGAGUCAAUUAGUGAAGGAAGACGACACGCUCACCCCAUAACUCACCCGAGGUUUUGUUGGUGAGAACUCAUACGCUUUGUCAUCGUCAUGAGUUGUCAUGGGCUAUACAUUCGCCGGUUUAUGCGGGGUAGCUAGAUACUGGAUUGGGAUAGGUGAAUUGAUAGCUUUAAGCUGUGUUUAUUCUAUAUCUUCAUCUUUAUUAAUUCGAGGUAGAUAUAGGAGUUAACAAAUUAGGCAUCGCCGCGUGUAUACUUCGGAUUCAUUAUACUAGGACUCUCUUAUAUCACUUACAUGCCCUGACAUAAAUCUCUAUUCUAUACUGUAUUACACAUGUAUACAGAUCUCGGGUUUAUAACUACAGCAUACCACAUAAUCUCAGAUAAAAUGUCAACAUGACAUCACUACCAGAAGACCAGCAAAGAAACUACGAGAUCUUCCGAGACUGUCUCUCAGCCGCACUUAUAGAGAAGAUAUCACGUCCCGAGCCAAAACCAAAACGGAGAUCCAAGUCUAAGAAAGCCACUUCUUCUUCUUCUUCUUCUUCCCCAGCGUCGACGCAAGACAUCGCAGACGCAGACCUCAACAACGCAGACGAUUUAGCCGACUUUGCAGACUACAUCGCCACCGAGACCUUCCGCGCCCUCCCCGAACAACUCAAAACCAUCGAUUACCACGAAUACACCAACGACGCCAACCUCCAAGCCCGCUUCGCCCACCACCGACUCCCUAAUCCACAUAUGUAUAGCAUAACCAGCGAAUCCGCCCCAAGGCCCCGACGAAUUCCUCGCCCCCAUCCUAACGACGACGUUCCUAUCUUCGCUAGGGACGGCGCCCCCCGCGCCACCCUCCCCGACGCAGACGACGACGGAUGCGAGCUCUGCGGGCGGGACCUGGGUCCCGCUCUCUCGUACCACCACUUUGAUCCCGCGGUUCGUGCACGGCGGCAAGGGGGCGUCAAGCGCGGGUGGCAUCGGGCGGCGACGGACCUGGAGAGCGUGGCGUGGCGUGGCUGUGCGGGGACGUGCCCAUCGGUUUGUGCAUCGGUUUGCGGGGCGUGAGGAGUUGGCCAGGCGGUAUUAUACGGUGGAGUUGUUGAUGGGGGAGGUUGAGGUGGAAGGGGCGGUGAUUUAUGCUAGCGGGGACGGUCUGAGAUGUUGUGAGGUAGGUAGGUAGGUAUGUAUGUAUGAGGUAGCUAGGAAGUAAGGAUGUUUACUUGUAUAUAGGGUGGUGGUGAUGAUGAUGAUGAUAGGGGCUCGUCAAGCUCUUGAUUAGGGUUGGGGGGUAGAGGUAGAACUAGAAUCUGUUUUAUAGCUUGUAUAUACUAACUUUGAAUGUUGA